CGCAAGCCGAAUGUGCCAAGAGGAUAUUUAGAAACGUUCAUGUCUUUCAUUUGGUUUUAGCCCUCCUCGUAUUAGGGAAAAAACAAGAAAGAAAGGAAAAAAAAAAAAAAAAAACGAGCGAGAGAGAGAGGCGGCGUCGGCGAUGGAAGGGAUAGGCCACCGGACGCUCCAGGUGAACGGCAUCGAGAUGCACAUCGCCGAGAAGGGAGAAGGUCCCGUCGUCAUCCUCCUCCACGGCUUCCCCGAGCUUUGGUACUCCUGGCGCCACCAGAUCAUCUCCCUCGCAGCACGCGGAUAUCGCGCCAUCGCCCCCGAUCUCCGCGGCUACGGAGACACCGACGCCCCUUCUUCCACCUCCGCCUACACCGUCCUCCACAUCGUCGGCGACAUAGUCGCGCUCAUCGACGCCCUCGCCCAGGACCAAGUGUUCGUGGUGGGGCACGACUGGGGUGCGAAUGUCGCCUGGUGGUUGUGCGUAUUGCGGCCGGAAAAGGUGAAGGCGCUGGUGAACCUCAGCGUGGUCUACAGCCUGCGCGAUCCCAAACAGAGGACAGUCGAUGCGAUCAGAGGUAUUUUUGGGGAGGAUCUCUACAUUUGUCGAUUCCAGGAACAUGGAACAAUAGAGGCUGAAUUUGCGCAGAUUGGUACUGCCACGAUUCUGAAAAAGUUCUUGACCUACCGCAGUCCGGCAGCCAUAAUGGUACCUAAGGAGAAAGGAUUUGAAGGUUCCCUUGAAACCCCAAUCAGCUUGCCUUCAUGGCUCACAGAAGAAGAUAUAAACUACUUCGCUAGUAAAUUCGAAAAGUCAGGAUUUACCGGAGGAUUGAACUAUUAUCGGUGCAUGAACUUGAGUUGGGAACUGACUGCACCUUGGGUUGGGGUCCAAGUAAAUGUGCCUACCAAAUUCAUUGUGGGUGAUCUUGACCUAGCAUAUCAUUCUCCAGGCAUCCAAGACUACAUACACAAAGGUGGAUUCAAAAAUGCUGUUCCGUUGCUCGAAGACAUCGUGGUGUUGGAAGGGGUUGGGCACUUCAUCAACCAGGAGAAGCCCCAUGACAUAUCUGACCUCAUAUAUGAUUUCAUUAGCAAGUUUUAAAAGUUCACUCCUAUUAGAUGUUGUAUAAGAUCCAGAUUAGAGGAUAAUGCUGGGAUAUCUAUCCAAUGUUGAUAUUAAUAGCUUAUGGACAAUUGGACAUAUACCAUAACUUUCAUGAAAAUUAGUAACA